AUGAUUUGUGUUCGUGAAGUUCAAAAGCUUAAAGGCAGUAACAGACGCUUGUGGACUUUAAGUUGGAACCAUACAGGAUCUGUUUUGAUUUCUGGUGGAGAAGACAGAAUAAUUAAAUUGUGGGCUAAAUGCGACGAAAGAUCAUGGGCUAACAGUUUUACUCUCCCAGAAGCACACAAAAGAUCAAUUAGAUGCGUAACAUGGUCGCCUUGUGGUAACUACGUAGCCUCAGCAAGUUUUGAUGGUACAGUGGCCAUAUGGAAAAUUUCUAAAGAGGCUUCAGGACAUGAAAUGGAGGCACUUGUGACAUUGGAAGGGCAUACUAGCGAAGUUAAGUGUGUUGCUUGGUGUCCAUCCGGUCAUCUGAUAGCCACUUGUGGUCGAGAUAAAAGUGUCUGGCUGUGGGAGUUUGAUGACGAAGAGGAUGUUCAAUGUGUAAGCGUCCUACAGCCCCAUUCACAGGAUGUGAAAUCAGUAGCUUGGCAUCCACACGGUGAGGUUUUGGUUUCCACGAGUUAUGACAAUAAGAUAAAUGUUUACAAAGAGGAGAUUGAUGAUUGGACUGUUUUUGUUCAACUAACUGGACAUGACUCCACUGUGUGGAAAGCAGAAUUUUCCCCAUCUGGAGAUAUUUUGGCAAGCUGCAGUGAUGAUCGAUGUGUUAAACUGUGGGGAUGGGACGGAUCUUGCAGUAAAUCAACUUCUUGGGUGUGUAUCGCUACAAUAACUGGCUAUCACAUGCGUACAAUUUUCGAUUUAAGCUGGUCACCCGAUGGUCAACUAUUGGCUAGUUGUGGUUCUGAUAAUAGAUUAUGCAUUUAUAAAAUGCCAUCUAAUGGUUUGGUUCAUAUUGGCGGGAAACCAUGUUUAGAAGAACCACCUGUUUUAUGGGGUCAUGUUCCGGAUGCUCAUUCAGAAGAUGUAAACUGUGUACGUUGGCAACCUAGGCAUCUAACUGACAACAGUCAUAGCAAAGAUACAUCAGACUGUCAACUAA